AUGGCUGUUGGCAAAAAUAAGAAAAUGGGUAAGAAAGGUGCGAAGAAGAAGGUGGUCGAUCCAUUUACACGUAAGGAAUGGUACGACGUUAGAGCACCAUCAAUGUUUACAAAUCGUAAUAUUGGCAAAACGCUUGUCAAUCGAACUCAAGGAACAAAGAUUGCCAGCGAAGGUUUAAAGGGACGUGUAUUCGAAGUUUCACUGGGUGAUUUGAAUAAUUCGGAAUUUAAUUUCCGUAAAUUUCGUUUAAUUUGUGAAGAUGUUCAAGGGCGUAAUUGUUUAACGAAUUUUCAUGGAAUGAAAUUUACUCGUGAUAAACUUUGUUCCAUUGUUAAAAAGUGGCACACGUUAAUUGAAGCAAAUGUGGCAGUAAAGACAUCUGAUGGAUAUUUAUUGCGACUGUUUUGUAUAGGAUUUACUAAGAAGAAUCCGGAACAAUUGAAAAAAACUAGUUAUGCGAAAUCUUCGAAAAUAAGGCAAAUUCGAGCUAGGAUGGUUGAACAUAUGCAAAAAGAAGUGCAAGGAAGUGAUUUACGCGAAGUUUGCAGCAAAUUGAUUCCAGAUUCGAUUGGCAAGGAUAUCGAAAAAGCGUGCUCCUAUCUUUACCCACUUCAGGACGUCUAUAUACGUAAAGUGAAAGUUCUGAAAAAACCUAAAUUUGAAAUAGGUCGUUUAAUGGAAAUGCAUGGUGAUGUUGGUUCUUAUACGACAACUGAAGGUGAAAAAAUUGAUAGACCAGAUGAUUAUGAGCCUCCGGUGCAGGAAUCAGUUUAA